CCCCGUGUUACUUUUCAAAUUUUUUACCACUCACUACAUUUUUUUUAAACCCAAUGUAAACUAAUCCUUUUAAAAUCAUUAACAUUUCACAAAAAAACUAAAAUUUUAUAAGCGAAAUUCCUAUAAAAUCUGUGCUAAUUCCUUUAAUAUUUUCUCUACUCUUUCUACAGCCCUUUAUUAAGAUCCCAAAGUUCAGAUCUUAUGGCAGCAAAAGAUUUAUACAAUUACUUGGGUAGACCACAACCUUUGCAACCAUUUAAUAAAAAUACCCAAACAACAAAUGGAGCAGGUGCAGCGGCUGUAACUAACAACACAAAAGCCAAACAAAUGGUUAAACAACACAGUACAGCAAGUCAACAAUCUACCUCAUCGACUUCAUCGUCCGUACAAUCGACCGGCGAUCAGACAGGCAAACAACAAUCACCCUCACGACUCUCCACCACUUCGUUAGAAAGACAAAUAAUGACACAACAUCAUCAUCAUCAUCAGCAACAGCAACAACAUUCACAUCAUCCUUUAACGUCCUCUUUACUUUUGGAUAAAGAUUUACUAUUAACCUCCUCAGUUACUACCCUACAAAGUUUAGGGCAAUUAAAAACUGAUAGCUCUCUAACAGACUCGAAUCUAUCGACUGAAUCAUAUCACAGUGAUACACAGUUAAAUGUUUCCGAUAAAUCGAAUGCGGAAAAUAAUGCAGGAACCACCUCCUCCUCCACCUUAAAGAAACGUAAAAAAGGUUUACGUUUUGGUUUUGGCAGUAAGAAAUCUUCAAGUAAUAGCAGCGCUCACGAUACGAGUACGAAAUCGAAAUAGUUUUUGUUCUUUUUAAAAGAAAAAGAAUAGAAAAUGGUGGCAAUAAUUUGUAAGGGAGUGUUACUUAUUUUAAAGAAAUCCUAAGACUCCUUUUUUAAAAGUCUUCCAUUUUCUAAGUAAAAAAAAUAAAAAACACCUAUAAAAGUUAUUUGUUUUAAAAUAAAGACACAAUAGUAACUUAAGGCACUUAUAAGCAAUAUUUGUAAUAAUUAACCCCUAACCACUCCCCGGCAAAAAAAAAAAAAAAAAAA